AUGGACGCGGAUGGGUCGACGGAGUACCUUAUCGACCUCAACCGACAGAGCGACGGAAGUCUCCGCGCUGCCGGUAUCUGCGGCGUGUUCCGGGAGUGGGACGAGGCAGACCGGGUAGAGCUGGAGGAGGGCUGCGACGACUACGACCCCUGCAACGGGGAAUGCGGCGAGUUUCAGGUGUGCUCCCGGAGCUACUUCUCCUAUUCGGACGCCUCGUACUUCUGCUCGGACACGUGCGACCCUAGCCCUUGCUCAGAAGGCGAGGAGUGCACCCUUACUUACCCCGUCUGCUCGGCGUCGGAAGUGUGCGGCCCCGUGGCCGAUUGCGGGGAGGGGGACGGGACACCGGACCGAAAAGGAUAA